AUGAUGAUGAUGACGUGGAAUCAUCCACUUCAAUCCGUCAUCAACACCAUCGCUCGUCUUCCCUGCGAUUUAUCAACGCCCAUAGAAAACGAUUUCGUCACAUUGAUAAUAUGGUAUCGUAAAGAUUCGGAUUCGCCAUUGUAUAGCGUCGACGCACGUGACAGACCCUUAGAUCAAGCGAGUCACUGGUCGGGUAAAUCUUAUGGGGGUAGAAUAUUUUUUCAACCCUCGGAUAAAACCCGAGAUGGAAUAUCGAAAUUAUCGUUGAAAAACGUUAACGAAUCCGAUGCCGGAAAUUAUAAAUGCAGAGUGGAUUUUAAAAAAUCUCCAACGAGAAAUUCAUACGUUAAUUUAACCGUCAUCGUUCCACCCGAUAAAGUAUUCAUUCUGAAUGAUAAAUCGGAAAUGAUAACGCGUCCGAUGAUCGGACCGUAUUUCGAAGGUGACACGAUUAAAAUGACGUGCGUGACAACAGGUGGAAAUCCAUUACCAAAAGUCACGUGGUGGUUAGAAAACACGAUCGUCGAUGAUACGUAUGAAACAAUAUCGGAAAAUCGUGUCGCUAACGAACUCGUCAUUGAUAAGAUAACUAGAGAACAUUCUGGAAAUGUUUACACGUGUCGAAGCGUCAACAACAACGUUUUACCACCACCCACGGCUGACGUCAAAAUAGACAUGUACUUAAAAAUAUUAGAUGUUCGUCUUGUGGGAGAAAAUUUAUCAUUGAGUGCCGGAAGCGAAUACGAAGUCGCAUGUCAAGCCGUUGGUUCGAGGCCUCCAGCGACCAUUUCCUGGUGGAAAGCCGGGCAAUUACUUGAAAGCACGAGGGAAAAAACGAGUCCCGAUUCGAACGUUACCGUGAGCACAUUAUCUUUUACACCGACAAAAGAAGAUUUAGGAAAAUCUUUGUCUUGCAGAGCAAUCAAUCCUCACGUACCUGGAAGUGCAAGAGAAGAUAGUUGGGCGUUAAACGUUCACUAUGCUCCCCAAGUAACUCUGACCCUGGGUUCGAACAUAAAUGGAAGUUCGAUACGUGAAGGAGUUGACGUUUAUUUCGAAUGUUCCGUAACGGCCAAUCCUUGGAUUCGUUUGGUCACGUGGCAACAUGGAGGUAAAAAUUUAACGAACAACGCAACCGCUGGAACGAUAAUAGCAAAUCAAACAUUGGUUCUCCAGUCGGUUUCCAGGUACAACACGGGUAUUUACACGUGUUCGGCAUCAAAUUCCGAAGGUUCCGCCGAAAGUAAUUCAUUUUUAUUAGACGUUAAAUAUGAACCUCAGUGCAGGCCGGGUCAGCAGAGGAUAUAUGGUGCGGCAAGAAACGAAAUGGUUACCGUCACGUGCGAAGUGGAUUCGAAUCCCUCGGCGAGUUUGUUUCGUUGGACGUUUAAUAAUUCCGUUGUUAAAUCGAAAGACGUGGAUUUUCGGACUAUUGAACAAGGUGGUAAAAGUGUAGCAACGUAUUCGCCGACGAACGAACAGGGUUACGGAACUCUUUUGUGCUGGGGCAGAAACGAAUUGGGGCCCCAAGUCGUUCCGUGCGUUUAUCACAUCGUGCCAGCGGGUAAACCCGAUCCCCCAAAAAAUUGUAAUUUAAAAAACAAAACUCAAACGACGUUGCACGUGACGUGUCACAAGGGAUUCGACGGUGGAUUACCGCAAGAAUUCACUUUGGAAGUUUUCGACGGUUCCACUUCGACGGACGAUUCGAAACCCGGAAGACUCAUCGUGAACAUAACGAGAAAACUCGUACCUGAAUUUUCCGUCGGAAGUUUGGAACCCGGUCAAACAUAUUUUUUAAACAUUUACUCGAGUAAUAACAAAGGUAAAAGUAAUACUGGAGUGCCUGUUAAAGUCACGACUCUACAACCCACACAUCAAGAACAUCGAAGAAACAUGCCGAGUAAGUUUUAUGUUAUCCUUUGCUACCGGAAACACACGUAA